AAGAGGAUGACGGGGCCAAAACUCCGAAUCAUGGCUAUCAUCUACAGGAAACAAGCACGUGGAGGGCUCCAUCGAAGAGCUGUAAAGAACCAGUGCGGGAGAAGAUAAGCAAAACCACUGCGGCAUCGUCGUCUAGUAGUAGUAGAAGUAGUCGAACUCGAGAGGUCGUCUCGUCGAAAAAUCAGGCUACUGCCGUGUGUGAAGACGCUGGCGUCGGUUUGCCUUGUGACACCUGUGGUUUGCGAGGUCCUCGACCCUUUUCUGCUGCGCGAAACCAUGUUAAAACCAUUGCGAACACACAUCCAAGGCGGGCGGAGUGGGUUCCGUUGGGUCCGGAAGAGGUAGAGGAGCGGGUUACGCACUGGCGUAGCAUGUACUUCCAAAAAAGUAAGUACGGAAGGACUCAGUCGACGGAGCGCUCAGAACUACCUCCAAAGGAGAAUCCGUGGGACGUGCCUGAGGACUACGCUCUAGAAGAUCACUGCAGCAAGAACUUUUAUAGACAAGUACUUGGGGCAUGCAAUACACCAAACAAACUUCCUCCAUCUGCUAGACCGUGCGCUUUUGCUCAUAAAUGGGAGCAGUAUCGAGAGCAGCGGCGGACACAGAGAACAGAAGAGAUGGAAGCCCAGGUAGAAGUUGAAAAAUGUAGUGGCGCUUCUGCUGGUACUCAUGAAGCAGAUCCCAUCACAUCUUCUCACUCGAGCAAGCAAAACUCCGAAGCGACGUCCACUCGCGUAGCAACUACACAGUCGCAUGCUGCCAGGAGCGUUUCAUCUACAUCGGAGGGGAAGUUCACGGUAUCCCAGCAGCCUACGAUCAAUGAGCCAGGGCUUCCUUUAACUCUUCACGAGAAGACAACAGCUGAGCGACACAGAAGAUCGCCGUUUCGCGCAAAAUUGCUGCAUCCGCGCGGAAUGACUGUAAUAACGAGUUAUAACGCAAAUGGCGUGGCUGAGUUGAUUUCCGUCGUCUCGUGUGCAAAUGAACCAGUGAAGAACGUGGAUCCUGUGCCGCCGGGGGUGGAUCAAGGUCGUUAUAUUUUUUGAUUCUAAGUAGCUGGUAACAGGUUUUCUCGUCUGACAACAUGCUUUGUUGAGUGGUCAUUUAGUGCAGAAAAUAGGAAGUCAUCGCUUUCAUCAUAGGAAAAUCCUGGCGACAGAUGGUUUCCGUAUCGAUUGUUUAUGCUUUAUGCCUUGCCUAUAAUCGCCGGGAAUUUAUUUCUUCCUCCAGGUCCAGGUGUGAAGUCCGGUUGUGUCUCGGCCGAAGGAACACAAGCAGCAGCCCAGCGAGUUGCGAGGCUUGAUGAUAGUGAUGGUGUAUCGCGUGAAGAUGCAGACCGCUGCUUAGCAGGCGUGUUGGAUUACGGUGCGACUAGCAUUAGCAAUUGCGCGUCUACUCGGUUUGGUCAUGGAGUUCUGGACGAAGAAAAGCGGCAGCAGCAGCAGAAGGGUGCCACAGCUGCUACGUUGCUCGAGGGGGUCAUCUUGUGUGGUUUCAAGAGUGAAGUCUGA